ACGAGUCAAUUGAUAAAUCAGAACACCUGAUACUGUGCCAUUCUUUAAAGGCUUAAAGGCACUGUGUUUGUUUUCUUCCUGGAAUAGUCUGAAGCCUGUAACCAUCAUGGAUCUGUGGUUCAGCAGUCUCUUUCUGGUAGUGGGGUUGUUCCUGAGCAGCUCGGCCCAGACACCCGAAGAAUGCAAACCCUUGGUCACGCCUUUGUCUAUGGCCGACCUCUCUGUGAUGUACGGACGGAUGAACUUCCUCGUGGGUUACGUUGACAAUGGCAUAUUUAACGACAUUCUGAAAACAACUGAGAGCUCCUGGGUGAACAUCUCGAUGUCCACAUCAAGCCCCAAUGACCUGGUCAUGGCUGAGCACAACAAGAUAAAUGGAACUUGCAUGCGUUCAAACUUCACAGUAAAUAUUGAAGGCGAUACUGCAAAAGUCGAAAUGGCCAAGGUCAGCUCCACGUUCCAAUCUCUGCCAACCUGUGACGGAUGUAUGGUCUUCAGCAUCAACAGCACCAGCAUGGACAUCAACAUCUUACUUCAGAAGAUGAACUUUAGCAGCCCUAUAGACAAGCCUGAGUUCAACGCUCGUACACUUUACCUGUUGGCCAGGGGGACGACUCUUGAGGAAUCAGACCUGGAAGUUUUCAAAAAGCAGGCGAGCUGUCUUGGUUUCACAGGAGAACCGAACUUCCACUACAACCCUGAGAAUGAAUUCUGCAAAGAAGGCGAAGGUGUUAUGAUCAUCGCCUGAAGUAGUUACAAAAGUUCCAUGACUAAUAUGUUCAACUGAAUUUGUGGAAGUAAAGAAACAAAAUCUGUCUCAUAAA